GAGGGAAGCGGGGAGAUGAGAGCCUGUGCUGCACACCGAGCUGAGCACCCAAUCACGUACCUCCAUGUGGUACCCRAGCCAAUCGGCAGCUCGCAGCCGAGGUUAAAGAUUGACAAUUGCAGGGGAGAACAGCAGGGAGAGAAGGCCUUCUGGGAAACCUGGACCCAUCGUUUCCCUCAUCCCUCAACGUCCUCAAAAAUGGAUAGAGAUGAAAGACUAGUCUGAAGACUCUAUGUCAGAYGAGACAAAGUGUGCCAGAGGAGGGAAAAACAGUAAAAGAGGCUGCGACAGAAGGGAUGGAGAUCUCCACAAGAUCUAAAGAUGCUGGGACAACAGAAAGGACGGCCCAAAAGCGAAAGAUUUCCAGUCCAUCCCACUCGUCUAAUGAUCACUCCUCUGCUGAAACCUCGCCUUGCUCAGUGAAAAAGAAGAAAAAGCCAGGUGCCGUCAGCAGCAAGGACCAGUCUGAGCUCAGACAUGGUCCCUUUUACUAUGCGAAGCAGCCAGCACUCACCACAGACCCUGUUGAUGUUGUACCGCAGGACGGCAGGAAUGAUUUUUACUGCUGGCUGUGCCACCGCGAGGGCCAGGUGCUCUGCUGUGAGCUCUGCCCCAGGGUGUACCACGCCAAGUGUCUCAARCUACCAGCCGAGCCCGAGGGCGACUGGUUCUGCCCCGAAUGUGAGAAGAUAACAGUUGCUGAGUGUAUAGAGACUCAGAGCAAGGCCAUGAUGAUGCUAACGAUAGAGCAGCUCUCUUACCUCCUAAAGUUUGCCCUUCAAAAAAUGAAACAACCAGGUGAUCAUCCGCGCUUGUCAUCUCGCUCCCCACAUGCAGCUUCCUCGCAGAGAAAGACUUUUAAUUGGACUGAACCCUUCCAGAAACCUGUGUCUCUUGAACAGCAUCCGGAUUAUGCAGAGUACAUUUUCCAUCCUAUGGAUCUUUGCACACUUGAAAAGAAUAUCAAAAAGAAGAUGUAUGGAUGCACAGAGGCUUUUUUGGCCGACACUAAAUGGAUUUUACACAACUGUAUUAUAUACAAUGGAGCCAAUCACAAACUCACAGCAACAGCUAAAGUGAUCGUAAAAAUCUGUGAACAUGAAAUGAAUGAAAUUGAGGUUUGUCCUGAAUGUUAUCUGUCUGCCUGCCAAAAGAGAGACAACUGGUUCUGUGAGCCUUGUAGUAACCCACAUCCUCUUGUGUGGGCCAAAUUAAAAGGAUUUCCUUUCUGGCCUGCCAAAGCGCUGCGGGACAAGGAUGGACAAGUGGACGCUCGCUUCUUCGGCCAGCAUGACAGGGCGUGGGUUCCUUUAAACAACUGCUACCUCAUGUCUAAAGAGAUUGCCUUCUCCGUGAAGAAGACCAAAAGCAUCUUCAACAGUGCCAUGCAAGAAAUGGAGGUCUACGUGGAGAACAUGAGAAAGAAGUUUGGAGUGUUUAAUUAUGCUCCCUUCAGGACACCCUACACUCCUGACAAUAACUUCCAGCUGCUUCUGGACACUUCCAACCCUUCUUCCACUGCCAUUAAACCUGARAAACAGGAGAAGAUCAAGUUGUCAUUUGACAUGACCGCAUCCCCCAAAAUCGCUCUGACCAGAACCGUGCUGCCUGGCUCAGAGGUAAGAGGGGGCACAACAGGACGGCAGCCCCCUCAAGGUGAUGUGCCUCGCUCCCCCAUGAGCACCAACUCAUCUGUUCACACAGGUUCYGAUGGGGAACAGGAAAAAACAGAAGACAAGUCCCAGGCAAAAAGUGCUAACAGUCAGUACAGCACAGGAGAAGAGUCUACUGACUGUACAGGCAAUUCCCUGGACAUCCCCAAAUCUUUCCAGUCCCAGUCUCCUGGUGUCUCCAAGCAGGAGAAGACACCACAGACAGGAAGCAUUCUAAACCUGAAUCUGGAUCGAAGUAAAGCUGAAAUGGACCUGAAGGAGCUGAGUGAAACAGUCCAGCAGAAACAAGGAGCCACACCAAGCCUCACCUCCCCAAAAAGGCGGAUCAAGAGUCGUUUCCAGCUAAACUUAGACAAGACAAUUGAAAGUUGCAAAGCGCAGCUUGGUAUUGAUGAGAUUUCUGUGGAUGAGUACAAAGGUGUGGACCACAGUGACUCUGAGGACUCUGAUAAAUCGGACUCCAGUGAGAGUGAGUCUGCCAGCGAUGAGGAGACAAAAACCAAGGGAGACCAAGAUACUUCACCCACUAAGGAACCUCAGAAGGAGCCUACCAAAACGAAAGCAAAAGACCAGCCUCUCCCAAGCCAAGCAGAGGAUCAUAAAACUGAUUUACUUGAAUCCAAGGAACCUGCAGCAGAUGAUUCCAGUGCAACACUUCCUGAUGGCCAAGCUGAAGAGAACUCAAACACAGAUUUGGAAAAGGAUAACCCAGAUAUGACCAAAGCWGCUCCGGGAUCACCUGCUGCCAGAGAAAAGACUCAGGUGAAAGAAGAGACGAGGCAGAGCGUGGCGCUUGAGGACUCUGACUCAGAAAGAGAGCUAGUUAUUGAUCUCGGAGAAGAACAGGGUGGAAAAGAAAGGAGGAAGAGCAGAAAAGACAGUAACGAUUCAGCAGCUGGAAAAUCCGAAGGUAAAGCUCCGUCAGUUCUUCCAAACAGCACAGCCACUUCCACACCCUCCACUGUAACACAGCCUAUCGUGGCCAUUCCUGUUACUAUGGUCACCCUUACCGCUUCCUCCCCAGCGACAAUAAGCCACGUGUCCCUCUCCAGCAACACCACGACACCGUCGUCUUCCUCCUCAGCCUCCACCACACCYACGUUGAAGAAGCAACGUCCUCUGCUGCCCAGAGAGACGGUGCCCGUGGUUCAGAGAGCCGUGGUGUGGAAUCCCACCGCCAAGUUUGAGACCUCGUCUCAGAAGUGGCACAUGCAGAAGGUGCAGCGCCAGCAGCAAACCCAACAGCUUGUGGUGGCCCCCCACACACAGGAGUCAUCUCCCAGGCAGGGCCAGGCUCAGGCAGCCGGAAAYGGCUCCACGGCAGCCUCAUCGUCCUCGUCACAGCCGUCUUCCCAAAGCACACGCUACCAGACCAGACAAGCUGUUAAGGCUGUACAGCAAAAAGACCCUCCAUUCAGCACGUCUGCAGCUGUCACCGUGGUGUCCAGCAGUCCAGGUUCGAGUUUAGGCGCAGCUGCUACAUCGUCACCGGGGUCAACAGAUCCAUAYAUCCCCACUGCCUCAGCAGAUGUGGCUGCAGACAUCGCCAAGUACACAAAUAAAAUAGUGGAUGCAAUCAAAGGGACAAUGACUGAAAUCUACAAUGACCUCUCUCAGAAUACUUCAGGGAACACAAUUGCAGAAAUAAAACGACUGAGAAUUGAAAUAGAAAAAUUGCAGUGGUUGCACCAACAAGAGUUGUCAGAAAUGAAGCACAACCUUGAGCUGACGAUGGCGGAGAUGAGGCAGAGUCUGGAGCAGGAGAGGGAGAGGUUGUUGUCGGAGGUGAAGAAGCAGAUGGAGCUGGAGAAGCAGCAGGCUGUGGAUGAGACAAAGAAGAAGCAGUGGUGUGCAAACUGCAGGAAAGAGGCCAUCUUCUACUGCUGCUGGAACACCAGCUACUGUGAUUACCCCUGUCAGCAAGCCCACUGGCCGGAGCACAUGAAGUCCUGCACUCAGUCAGCCACAGCUGCACAGCAAGAACCUGAGGCUGAGCCAACAGCUGACCUCCCAAACAAAGGUCAAGGGCAGAAUAGCAGUGUCCCAAAUUCUUUCAGAGACACACCAAUUUCUGCAUCUUCAGACAAGGAUUGUGAUACGGAGAAGACCGCUGACAGUGUUGCUGUAACUUUGUCGUAACAUGAAUCUAAGAAGUAAAUUAACUUUGUUUUUUUUAAAUAUAUAGUUGCAAGUAUAUGUCCGAGUUAUUCUGUUCAAGAGCCUGUUUUAAACAAACAACUCAGAUGUUUUUUACAGUUCUCUUUUGGCCUUUACAGGCUCUCAUACUGCCUCUAUGUAAAAAGGUAAUGGUACAAGACAAACAGCAUCUCCAGAGAGGGGAAAUUAAAAAAAAAAGAUGCUAUAUGCACAACUAAAGCUGUUUGAUUUAAAAACCUAAGAGCAUGCACUGGCGUUGUAAAACAUACACAAUUAUAAAACAGUUAAAAAUUAGAAAAAUGUAAUCAAUGUUACUGAACCAUCUUAAAUGUAAAAUAGAUAUUGGACUGCUGGCAGCAAUGUCUGUGAACUACCUGUUUUGUAUUCCUUGUUUUUGUUUUUCCAAAUCUUGUCUGUUGUACACUUUAAAGGAAGCUAUAAAUGCAUUUUAAAACCA